UGCCGGGAAGGGGAUCGGCGAGGCCCCGGAUGGAGCCAAGAUGGUGGCGCUGGCGGUGCCUGGGCUGUCGGCUUUGAAGCGGCUUUGUAGCGUCGCGCUCUUCGUCUCGCAGCUCUACGUGUUCUCGGGCCGCGCAGGAUCCUUGAUGACAACAGAGCACUCGAAACAGCAGUUUGUGUCUACAAAAGGUGUAACAUCUCCAAGUACAAGUACUCCAUAUACUAGAGCAACAGAGACUACAGAGAUUCCAUCUUAUGUGAGUAAGUGUCCCAGCAAUGGGCUGUGCAGCAAAUUGCCUCCAGACUGCAUGACUUGUAAAACAAACUUCUCCUGCGUAUAUGGGAAGCCAGCCACUUUUGAUUGCAAGAUUAAGCCACAGAUUCAUUGUGUUGAUCAGAGAAACAAUGAAGUGGAGAAUUUUACAAUCAACAUGACUUGCCAGUUUUGCUGGCAGCUUGAACCUGCUGAUUAUGUAUGUACCAAUUCUACAAGUUGCAUGACAGUCUCUUGUCCGAGACAACGAUAUAACGCCACUUGUACAGUACAUGAUCAUAUUCAUUGUCUAGGUAACCGUGUCUUUCCUAAGAUGCUUUACUGCAACUGGACUGGAGGCUAUAAAUGGUCUACAGCCUUGGCACUAAGCAUCACCCUUGGUGGAUUUGGAGCAGAUCGUUUCUACUUGGGCCAGUGGAGGGAAGGUCUGGGCAAACUCUUCAGCUUUGGUGGACUGGGAAUAUGGACGCUAAUAGAUGUGCUACUAAUAGGAGUUGGAUACGUGGGGCCUGCAGAUGGAUCUCUCUACAUUUAAGUAUACACAAAACAUGAUCCAGAGAAGGAUCAAAUUUGCGAAGGAGCCUAAAAAAACAUAUAGAAAUUGGUCCUUAAAGGUAGAACUAGGAACACGUUCUCUAUGUGCACAUAUUUUAAUGUACAGUAUCUGUACUUAACCUGCCUUGAACUAAGGUAAAAUAAAUGAGUGGAUCACUAAACAGUGUUUAUUUGUAAUUAAUUUCCUUUGGCUUGCAAGUACUGUAUUUUUUUCUAUGAAAAAUGUUUAAGUUGCACAGCUAAACAAGUUGACUACUGUUCCUGAAGAAAAUAUAAACUAAUUAAAAUAUUAAAUUAAGAAUUGCUUACCUCUUAUUUGUAUGUUGUCUGAAUUUAGCUAUCUAACAAGCUUCCCUAAAUAUGCUAGCAAGAAUUUUUUUCAUGUUUAUGGCAAGAUAAAGUGCUUUUGUAAACCUAAACUACUUGGGCAAUAUGUAGAUUGCCAUCUAUUGUAAUCUUAAUUACAUGUAGUUUCUCUUCUGUUUUUCACUUUGGGAUAUCACAAACUUAAUUUUUCUGCUGUAAUUGUAAAUUUGUGGCUUUUUAGAAUUAGUAUGCAAUAACACUAAAAAUGUAAUAUCUUAAAUAACUUGAGAAGUACACUGCAGGACGCUUUCCAGCGUGCUGGUGUUUCUGCUUCGCCUUGACCUGAGAGAGAAUUGUAUAUGGCAUAAUUUUCGUGCUCUCAAACUUACAGGGUGUUAAUAUAAAUCUAAAAAGGAGAUCUGGUAAUUAACUUGUUUAUCAGCUGAAGAUUUGGUAACAAAGUAUUUUUUUAUUGAAAAGUUGUCUGAUAUUUACUUGUUUCCAUAAUGUCACUGAAGGUUAGUACAUUCUAGAAGGCUGUAACUUUUUUUUUCUGAUUUUUUUUUUAUUAGGCAAUUCAUAUUUUCAACUUUUUUGGGUUUUUAAGUCCUACCUCUCACCUUCGUGUCCUCUUUCCUAGGUCCUCUAUAGCAAUCCAGUCUUAAAUUGUGUGGCAGGACUCCUUGGCUUCUGCAGCACUAAACUGCACUACACUGAAAACUGUCAGUUGGAUAAACUUAAAUUGAAUUAAAUAUGAUGAAAAUUAA